AUGGCUGCGGGUCUGAAGAAAGGCAGAAAUCGCCUCUCACUCAUGUUGUCGUUCGGCUCGACGCACGACUCGUCCAAGAACCGCAGUACAUCGACCCAGAUAUCAUCCAUGGGCUCCAUUGACGCCUUCGGCCUUUCUUCGACGACUAGUCUGCCUGUUACGCCGUCCCAUAUCACGCCGUCACCUCGCAGUCCGCUGCUAUCCUCGCCAGCCCCACGUUCGCCUCAUGCCAUGGAAACCCCGGCGCCUCUACCAACUGUCAAUGACCUGGGCGCGCAGGAGAAAACGCGAUUGUUGAAGCAGGCCCGCAAGAUCAGCCAGAUAUUCGGAGAGAUGCCCUCCAUGAAGGAGGAGGACCUUCAAUCGAAUUACCGUCCCUCCCGCGACGAUGUGCGCCCGGUGCAGAGGCCCACCCGUAGCUCUAGUCUCAUGCCUACGGGAAACAGACUGCACCGGCCUGCACCUCGUACGCGCUCGCGCCCGACGCUCAAUGUCCGCCCUACAUCGCCGUCCCUGGCGGCGCCAACGCCACAGGCUGCGCCCCCGGUGCCUGAGAUCCCGGCGUCGGCAUCGUCGACCCCAAGUACAACGCCUGGGUUCAUUGCCCCGCCCUUGGCCCCCGACAUCACUUCGCCUACCCCGCGUAGAUCCUUUGACGCGCGCUCCGAGCGGAGUGCAAGGAGUAUGAAGAGCGUGAAGACGAAACUGCCGACUCCCGCCCUACCCGCCGACCCUAACUCCCGAUCUGAGGUUCAAGUUCUGGUUCAGGGCGAUACUGGCCAACUCACGCGCUCCAACUCGGCUCGUUCAGUGGCUGUAAAGAGGCGCGGGCGGAGUAUGGAAGACGCUCGGCCCGACCCACGACCUCGGGUGAGCGCUACGGCCCGGCCUUCUACGGCAUCUAGCGCAAAGCGACCGUCAACCGCCCCGCGCGAAGAGACGUCACACCGACGAGCAAGGUCGCUCCGGGAGAAUAAGGUCAAAUUGAAGGGUUCGGGGCAGCGAGAGGACGUCAAAUCCGACCGGGAUGCUGUGAUUCGUGAUCUGAAAGAGAACAGCCACUUCGGAGACUCGCAGCGGAUGACGAGGACACAAAGGUCAUUGAGCAUAAAGCGUGCGCGUAAGCUCAACCAUAUGUUCGGCUCGGAGCCUCCGCAAGCCUUAUAUGUAUCGUCAUUCGUCGAGAAACGCCUUUCUGGCGCAACGAUAUACUCUAUCUCUUCUUCCGCAGAUCUUCUCUCCGUGCAGAAUCCUGCCACGCGCGCAGCCAAACAUCACUCUAUCACGAGCGUCUCAACCACAUCCGAACCUUCCUCGCCCAUAGCGACCGUUCACGACAUUCCUCCAAUGAAGGGUCACAGACGCCAUCCAUCUACUCCCGCCGCGCCAAUAGUGGAAGCCCUAGCGAGCGGCGCGCAUGGCGAAGAAGACGAUCUGUCUCCCGUGGAGCCCAAGGAAGCCUUCCGUCAACGCCGUAUGCGCGCUGCGAAGCUUUCGCGCUUCUUCGGGGUCGACUUACACGACUUGUCACAGUCACUCGAGCCCACCCCGUCUACCCCACGACCUUCUGUGGCGACCGCACAGGCCGACCCUCCCCCGCCAAAGAUGCCGCAGCGAGAGCCCUCACUCGAUGGAGUUGACGUGCGCAUACAGGCGCCGGCAGGCAAGUUCUGGUCUCGCCAUGACCACCGUCGUGAAGUCGACAUGAACGACGUUAUCAACCGUUUGCGGGAGAUGCGGUGA